AUGCUGAGCGGCGGCUACACCAGCAAGAAGCGCGUGCAGGAGCGCUACAAGAUCCUCGGCUUCAUCAGCAGCGGCACAUAUGGCCGCGUCUUCAAGGCGCAGAGCCGGACGGGUCAGCCCGGCCUGUUCGCCAUCAAAAAGUUCAAGCCCGACAAGGAGGGCGAGAUCCAGUACACGGGCAUCUCGCAGUCGGCCAUCCGCGAAAUGGCCCUGUGCACUGAGCUCUCGCACCCCAACGUCGUGCACACGGUCGAAAUCAUCCUCGAGGACAAGUGCAUCUUCAUCGUCUUCGAGUAUGCCGAGCACGACCUGCUGCAGAUUGUCCACCACCACACCCAGACGCCGCGCCAGCCCAUCCCCGCCCGCAGCAUCCGCUCCAUCCUCUGGCAGCUGCUCCAGGGCCUGCACUACCUGCACAAGAACUGGGUCAUGCACCGUGACCUCAAGCCCGCUAACAUCAUGGUGACGGCCAAGGGCGCCGUCAAGAUUGGUGACCUCGGCCUGGCCCGCCUCUUCUACAAGCCGCUGGGCUCUCUCUACAGCGGCGACAAGGUCGUCGUCACCAUCUGGUACCGCGCCCCCGAGCUGCUCCUCGGCAGCCGCCACUACACGCCCGCCGUGGACCUGUGGGCCGUCGGGUGCAUCUUCGCCGAGCUGCUGGCGCUGCGGCCCAUCUUCAAGGGCGAGGAAGCCAAACUUGACAACAAAAAGCAACCGCCCUUCCAGCGCAACCAGAUGCAGAAGAUUGUCGAGAUCCUCGGCAUGCCCAAGGCUGACGAGUGGCCGCUGCUGCGCUCCAUGCCCGAGUACAACCAGCUGCCUUCGCUGGCGGCCGGCAACCCGCGCAUCAACCGCCCCAUGGGCCUCCGCAACUGGUACGACCACAGCUUGCGCACCAACCAGUAUCCGGACAGGCCUGGAGAGACGCCCGGCCAGGAGGGCUUUGCGCUCUUGGCCGGCCUGCUCGAGUACGAUCCGCAGAAGCGGUUGACGGCCGAGCAGGCGCUGCAGCAUCCCUACUUUAGGGUCGGCUUGGCGGACGGCGAGAAGCCGAGCAUGAACUGCUUCGAAGGCUCGACCAUUGAAUAUCCACGGCGCGCCGUCAAGGCUGACGACAACGACAUCCGCACGGGCAGUCUUCCGGGCACUAAGAGGAGCGGGCUGCCGGAUGACAGUCUCAUUGGGCGCCCGGCGAAAAGACUCAAGGAGGUCUGA